AUGCUUCUUCUGUUGGUCCGCCAAAUCGCCCAUGGUAUCCAAAAAAAAAUUAACCUCAGAAUGAUACCCGGACUACCAGAAUCCGAAUUGCACAAACGAAAAAAGAAACCGAAGAAGCCACGACGGCGUAAUCAUGCAUCGCCGUCAAACGCUCUAUCUAACGAACUUCAAACAACGAAGGAGCCCGCAGCUGACAGUCGACCGACAACUGAGAGUCAGCUGUCAGUCCUGAGCCAGGCGAGCGAAUUUUCGUCACUGCCUUCAAGCGGACUACGGUCGGCUGAGGAGCUCCCAUCAGGAGCGCCCGAGUCGAGCGAGCAGACAUCUGGCAACCUGCCGUUAGAUGUGUCUGAGAAGAAUACGGCUGCUGAUGAUGAGGCUAAUGAAGACAAGGGAGUUGAGAAAGCGGAACGCAUUCUGGUUACAGAGCAUCACGUCAUAGAGCAGAGCGAACAAACUGACGAAAGCAAUCCUCGAGUGAAGCCCGAAGUGAUUCGGCCAGCCGUCAGGCGGUCAUAUGCGCAAGUCCUGAUAAAGUCCAAAGUAAAUCGUUCCCAGGUGGUCACAGAGCCCGUGAGUAGCGAGACGGCCACGGCGGAUGACGCAGUCUCUCACCCGUCGGGGACCGAAGACGUCUUUCAAGAACCCGUGUCUAGGGAGGAGGUGGCCGACGCGGACGAGCUACGGAGUAGCACCGAGUUGAGGACAGUUAGCGAUGCACACUCCACGGGCCCCGCUUCUUCCAUCUUUUUGUCUGGAGACAAACUUUCAGAAGAGCUGUCUGACGGCAAACGUUCCCAUCGCAAAGGGUCCGACGGCGAGCGGUCGCGCCGGGUCGAGACGUCGGAAGUCCGUUCGUCGGAAGCUAGUGGCCGGGCGGAGACGCAAAGCGAACAGGCGGCUGGGAGCGAAGAGGCGGAAGAGGAAUUGGAGCCGAAGCCGGAAGCGGUACAGAAGCCGUUGGCCUGGGGAGGUGCCGGCAUCCGACGGCUGACUAAUUCUAAGCGACCAGGCCCCGAACGGAGCGAGUUCCUGUCCGAAAUCCGAGGGACUCGCAAAGUCCCUGCAGGAACUCAGGUUAGUCCCCCAACAGAUGACGACGAGAUCGGCCAGCUUGCUACGAUGGCGAGGACCGCGAGCGACUUUGAACUCUUCAUGGCCACACCGGGACCCAGCGCAGAUGAGCACUUCUUUAUUUUACCCCUCGAAGACACAGAGAAUCCAAUGGUGAGUAACCUACACCCGCGGUUCCUAAACUAA